GAACCGAGAAAAACAGGAGAGUUUGUUCUUGACCAUGGGAAACCAGUUUGGUGGCUUAAAUUCCGUUGACAAACCAACCGACCAACCUUAAUAGAAAGUGCCCACUCUUCUUUAAUUUUCGAACUCCCUCUCUAACCUGAUCUACUUCGUUAACCAAACAUCCGCAAACUUCCUGUUCGAGAUCAAUCUGUGUCCGAAACACAAUCCUCGAACAUGGAAGUGAAGCGCAGGACAGCGCGUUUACUAGUUACAAGGCUAGGUUCUGUCUCUGAGCAAACACGGUCUGAAGCCUUAGCUGAACUUCGCUUGAUGACCAAAAACGAUGCCGAACCACGUCCGAUCAUUGCCGAAGCCGGUGCAAUCCCGUAUCUAGAAGAAACCCUUUACUCUUCUUCUCACGACUCACAAGAUAACGCAGCUGCAAUUCUGCUGAACAUCUCUAUCUCUUCACGCACCGCCUUGAUGUCAACGCGCGGCCUUCUUGAUGCAAUCUCUCAUGUCCUACGCCAUCAUGCGACCAAUUCAUCCCCCUUCGCUGUCCAGUCAUCUGCUGCCACGUUGCACAGCCUUCUUGUUGAUGAUUCUUACCGACCCGUUAUUGGGGCUAAGCGUGAUAUUGUUUACUCUUUGAUUGAAAUAAUCAAGAGGCCUAAUUCGCCGCCGAGGUCUGUAAAGGAUGCGCUGAAAGCCCUUUUUGGGAUUGCUUUGUUUCCGUUGAAUCGUGCGAAUCUGAUUGGUUUAGGUGGGGUGGCGGCGUUGUUUUCGUUGGUUUUGAAGGAUGGGAGAGUGGGGAUUGUGGAGGAUGCGACGGCGGUGAUUGCACAAAUAGCAGGGUGUGCGGAGAGUGAGAGAGAGUUUUGGAAGGUUUCGGGGGUUAAGGUUUUGGUAGAUUUACUGGAUGUUGGGACGGGUUCGAGCGAGAGGGUUAAGGAGAAUGCGGUGGGGGCUUUGUUGAAUUUGGUGAGUUGUGGAGGGGGAGGAGUGGUGAAGCAGGUGAAGGAAAUGGGACCGGGCGCGGUGGAGGGGAUUAGGGAUGUUGUGGAGAAUGGGACCGCGAAAGGGAAGAGCAAAGGGAUUGCAUUGUUGAAAGUUGUUGAGGGUGGAGCAAAGGAAUGGGAUUUUGCGAUGAAUACGCGUGAAUUACCUUCUGUUGAAUUCUAGUGAUACAUGGAAAGGAACAAGAUGGAGUGAUAGUGGGAAGAGAAUGGUAUACUCUGUUGAGAUUAUAUUGUAGUGUGAAUUGUCUAACAGUUAACUUCAAUAACGAGAAGGAAAAAGUUUUCUAGUUUGUAGACUUCUGUUCAUUUCUCAUCUGGGAUUGUAGAAUUCUGACUUCAUUUCACAAAUAAAAUCACGACUUAGAGUUC